UGUGUUAAAUCUUGGGAGUUUGCCUCUUCUGUGCAAAUAGUGGCCUCUUGGCUACACUGGAGCUGAGAUGAGCAGCUGUCAGAGCAAAGCUGAGCUUGGCUGCCUGCUCAGGAAGAUCCAUCCCUGGAGAGGCACUUCAAAGGCCACAGAGAUGCUGUCACUAGUGUGGACUUCAGUAGCACUAAGAAACAAUUGGUCAGUGGCUCAAUGGAUUCAUGCCUGAUGAUCUGGAGUAUGAAGCCUCAGAUGAGAGCCUAUCGCUUUGUGGGCCACAAAGAUGCAGUUUUGUGUGUCCAGUUCUCACCUUCUGGUCACCUUGUGGCUUCAGGCUCUAGAGACAAAACAGUGCGUUUGUGGAUCCCUAGUGUCAAAGGAGAAUCCACUGUGUUCAAGGCUCACACAGGAACUGUGAGAAGUGUUCAUUUCUCCAGCGAUGGCCAGUCCUUAGUUACAGCUUCUGAUGACAAAACAAUCAAAGUGUGGACAGUUCACAGGCAGAAGUUUCUGUUCUCACUGAACCAGCACAUCAACUGGGUUCGCUGUGCCAGAUUCUCUCCUGAUGGACGACUGAUAGCGUCAUCCAGUGAUGACAAAACUGUCAAGCUGUGGGACAAAAACAGCAGAGAAUGCAUUCACUCCUUCUGUGAGCAUGGAGGGUUUGUGAACCACGUGGAUUUCCAUCCCAGCGGAAACUGCAUUGCUGCAGGGUGCACGGACAACACGGUGAAGCUGUGGGAUGUCAGGAUGAACAGGCUGCUUCAGCAUUAUCAAGUGCACACCUCUGUGGUCAACAGUCUUUCCUUUCAUCCCUCUGGAAACUAUCUGGUUACUGCUUCCAGUGAUUCAACUCUUAAGAUUCUGGACUUACUAGAAGGAAGACUUCUCUAUACUCUCCAUGGUCACCAGGGACCAGCUACCUGUGUAGCAUUUUCAAGAGAUGGAGACUUAUUUGCUUCUGGAGGUUCUGAUGAACAGGUGAUGGUGUGGAAGACUAAUUUUGAUGCUGAUUAUGGUGAAGUAGUGAAACCCCAGAAAUAUGGCAGCAGUGUGGAUGGGACUCAUGGCACUGGGCAUUCAGAAAUGGAUUGUGGCAUUCAUCAUAAGAAAACAAAAACUCAGGAUUCUAGUAGGACCCAGGAGCAGCAAGAGCAGGAGACCAGUCUUGCAAAUACCCUGGAGCAUAUUAUAGGACAGCUGGAUGUUCUGACUCAGGUUUCUGCAUCCCCAUGCAUUCCUGCUCUGGACCACAUGAGUUUCUGCUCCAGGACCUUGUCUUUGAUAGACAGAGGCUUUGCUGAGCCCAUGGACUCCUGGUUAUCUGCAGCAUGAGGAUGCUCCCAAGCCAGGUUCAAGAAAGACUGAGCUGGGUCCUGACUCCAAAACAAGCCCACCUUGCCCCGUUUGAGCCAUCACCAGGCAGCAGCUGCUGAUUUGUCAUUUGCCUUCUCAAAACCAUCUCCUGAUAUGGGAACAGUUCAUCACUGCCUGUAACCAGCAGGAACACCAGCAGGAGCACCAGAUCCUGCCAGCAUCUGUUUUGGAUAUCAAGGCAAGUGGGCCUAGGACAGCUUUAUCUGGGGUGAGCAUUACUACUGGUGUUAUACUAGAGCUGCUGCUUGCCUGCAGCAAGUGAGGCCAGGAAAAGCACUCCCAGACAGGCUGACCUUCCCAGGUGUGUUAUAAAUGGAGUAAAAACCCAGGU